AUGGGAAAUGUAGUUGGUUCAGUCCUUACUGGAUUCUCUGAAGUGCUAGGAAAAUUGUUAGGACAUCCACUUGACUUCUUAUCUGGGAAAUCAUGUAGCACCAAUUGCGGACCAACAUGGGAUCUUAUAUGCUACAUUGACAACUUCUGUAUUUCACAAUUGCUUAAGUUGGCUUUGGUUGUAGUUCUCUUGUACUUCGUUCUGUUAUUCUUCUACUUGUCAUACAAGUUGGGAAUCUGCCAAUGUAUUUGUCACACCAUCUGCAGAAGUAUAUGGGCAUGUUGUGCCAUCUAUUUCUCCACUCUAGAAUGUUGUUGCACUUUCCUAUGUUCUAAGCUUGAUAAGCAUAAUCAGAGACGCCGAAGGAGAAGGCGAGCUAGUAGAGAUAUAGAAGCAAUAGUAGCGGUUAAUAGUGAAGAAUACGAUGAUUAUGAUGAUGAUGAUGCUGAAGAACGCAUUUCAGUGUCAUCAUCAUCAAGGCGAAUCUCGCGCAACCCUAAGGUCCAGUCUCGUCGAGGAAGGAAUUAUCGGAAAGAACAUGUGAGAAGGGCUUUGAGGCCUAAGAGUCAUCAUGUGGAUGUGAGGAUUAGAGAAAGAUCAUUUGGAUUGGAAAAGGGACGGUGCUUCAAGAACUGUAAUUACAAUGAUCAAGUUAAUCCUGCUGAUGGCAUCAGAGUGAGUAGAAGGUCCAAGUUUGCUCAAAGAAGGAAUAGUUUCAAGGGCUCAAUACAUCACCGUCGUUAUAGGUGAAAAAAAAAGGAGUAUUCAAAUCAAGCAAAAUGUCGAAGUUGUGGAAUGGAUCAUCAAAGCAAGGGGCGAGAAUUGAGAAUAUGAG